AAGUAUGAAAAGGUUCAACGGACAUAAUUCGGCGAAAAACUGAAAAUCGAUGUAGAUUUUGCUCUUUUUCAAGAUUAAGACAGUUAUAAUAUCUACUGACGAUCAACUACACCCUCAUAUCAGAAACUACCAUGAGAAAAUCCACUCUAGUUUUAAUAAGAGCGUCGAAAAAAAUUGCAGCAGUGCGCACCUCUUAACUUUCCUACUUCUUGGAAACUCGGGAAAACCUGCAAGACAGUGGCGGAUUGCGCAUGCGGAAUAGAACUUUUGAACGCGUCCAUUUUGGGGGGCCACGUGAUGCAGGCGACCAAUCAGCCCUCUGCGGAUCUUGGCGGCGACCAAUAGGAGUGGCGUAUUCCUAAUAGGUUUAAGGGCGCCAGGAUUGGAUUCGCCUGGGUCGGCGGCGUUGGUUUGGCUCUUGCAAUGGCUGCUGUCAGUGAACGAAUUGAAUAUAUGGAAAAAGUGAGAAGGGAAGUGCUCAAACUGCUGACAGAAGGCAAGACAGCGGACAUACUGAAGCAGAAUCUGUCCCAACAGGAUCAAAUGAUUGACAAACUCUUGAAUACCCAGAAGACCGCAAAACAGCUGAUCAAAGAGCUCAUGAUUACUGAGGAGAAAGUGGCACAGAGACUUUCUGACAGGGAAGAGGAGUUGAAGGCGAGUAUGCAAAAGCUCCAGAAAAUUGAACAAAAAUUGCUUCAGACAAAUAAAAAGGAUGAAAAAUUGAGGAUCAGUACUAAUGAAUUAAGAAAAGAGCUGGAGACUUUGAGAGAAGAAAGCAAGCAGCAGCAGCAGAACGCAACAGAAGAAGCUGAGAGAUCUAUGUCAGCUACGUAUCUUGUACAUCUGUAUUAUCAGAUCUGCCAGAUUGACUGGGACUAUUCUUGUGAACCACCCCUGAUCAAAGGAACCCAUUAUGGACCAGAUAUUGCUCAAUCUAUCAACCUUGACAGUAGCCAACAUUCUCCUUGCUUUAUCAGUGAUUACCUCUGGAACCUGGUGAAUACAUCAUGGUGAAUAAAGAAGCUUUUGGCAAACAGUACAUAAUAUAGUAGAUAUUCCUAGGAGUAAAAUAUAUUUCAGUGGCUCAUUCUGUGUUAU